AUGUCCGAAUUAGCUGGAGCAGAUAAUGAACUACAGGUUGCUUUUUUCGGGUUUUCAUCUGUUGGAUUGCGUGAUCAUAUUACGAAUUUAAUUACCGACGCCUGGCAAAAGGUCUGUCAAGAAGAAUUUAAAGGCGAUUUGGCUGGGCUUGACCCCGAAGCAAAAGAUUCAUUUUUGGCGUUUCCCUUUAGAUUGAAACCAUUUAAAACACUACUCGAGGUUAUUAAUGAUUUCGUCAGGUCCUAUCUCAUGGCUAUUCCAAAAUCAGUUACAUUGCCAGAGAAUAGGAAAAUGCUUGCUGGAUUUAAUGAUCCAAGGGUGUUCGAUUCAAAAGAAUAUGAUCGCGUGUUCGAGGAAAAAUUAGAGAAAAUUCGACAACUACGAGAGAAAAUCGCUUCUGCAAAAGCGAAACUCGAAAGGACAAAUGUCACCAUUGAUGUUCUUCAUCACAUGGAAAAAACGCAAGAGGCUAUCAUCGCUUCUCAGAACAAAACUCUACCGAGUCCUAGCAAAGAAACUCCAAUUUGA